GUGGAGCUGGAAGGAACUGGUUCAGCUUCUGAGAGCAGCUCGAGUAAGUUGGUGUUGUUAAAGCGGCCGGCCUUAUUGCCACCUGCCAGAAGCAGAGCAAAGGUAUAUAUGUCGGGACGGCAGGCGGAGUGAAAGCCUUUCUCUGGUCGGUAAAGUAAUGCCAGUGCCACCGUCACCGCCACCACCACCAGCACUUUCUGCUCCUCCUCCACCAGGAGCUCCGCCACUGCCUUCUGCACAUGUGGAACAUCCCAAACAAAACACAAAUGAGCUAAAAGGACGGAGUGCUUUGCUAGGUGAUAUCCACAAAGGAGUACGGUUGAAAAGGGUGACACAAAUCAAUGACAGAAGUGCCCCAAACAUUGACAAACCCAAGAAUGGAUGUGGUGCAGGAGCUGUGGGUGGAACAUCAACACCAACUGCAGUGGGUGGCAGCUUGUUUCAGGGAGGAUUUCCUGUUCUCAGACCUGCUGGACAGCGAGAUGCUUCAGAAAGAGGUUCCAAACCAGCUGUUCAACCUUUUGGUAUGAAAGUACAAACAUCAAGACACCCAGUCCAGAAUGACAGCGCCAGAAACGAUAAAAAUGCAUUGAAACAACCUGAACGUCCAGAAGCCUUUGACUUACCUAAAGUGCAAAAGACAGUUCAAGGUCAUCAUAAUGUGUCUGCCCUCACACUCCCUUUAAGUCAGAAUAAAUCUCUGUCAACAUGUCCCUAUUCUACAUCCUCAUCUUUCAAUAAUAAAUCUACAAAAACAGUGACAACAAUUCAAUCACCUUCACCUCCAGUUGCGCCUUCACUUCCUCCCCCUCCCCCGCCUCCUCCUCCACCAAUACUUGCAAAUGUUAAACCAUUUAAAUUUCAAUAUACACAACCACCACCAUCGCCUCCACCACCUCCACCGCCACCUUCUCCACCACCUUCCGAUAAUUUCCAAGACCAAGCUUCAGAUUUUACAUUCCCAGCACCACCUCCACCUUCUUUACUUUGUAUUGAAGACUGUACAGAUUUUCCUCUGCCUCCUCCCCCUCCACCCCCAUUACAUCCAGGCCCUGCCUGUACUCCUUAUAAUAAAACUGAAAAUAAUCUACCACCACCUCCAGCCCCUUUGUUGAAUAGUAUCGAAGUUCCUCCAGCCUUGCCACCAAAACUACCCAGCUUUUCCAACAAACCAAGUUUGUCCUCAAUACCUCUGCUGCCUCCUCCUCCACCACCUCCUCUUCCUCCUCCUCCACCACCACCACCCCCAUUUCCUGCCUACGGUCAUCCUGGUUCCAGUUUAUCAUCUGGGCAAAUGUCACAUGGAACCCAGCUGGCUGGAAGGGAAGGUCCAGGGAGAUCUGGAGUGCACAGCAGUGGUGGAAAACUAGCACUACCUCCACUGCCACCAGUUAGAUCAUCCAGUACGGAACUUACAAGCAGAAACCAGCAUACACCCAGCCCAAUCUGGACAUCUCUGUACUCUGUUCCUCCCCCACCCCCACCGCCACCACCAGUACCACCACCGCCUUUACCACUUAAAGUUCGACAAGGAAUUUCUAUUACACAAUCACCAGUCUGUGAUGACUUUGAGUCCAAGUAUAAUUUCCAUUCAGUUGAAGACCUUCCACCUCCAGAUGAGUAUAAAUCAUUUCCCAGGAUAUAUCCCAGCAAGCAACCAAGAGUUAGCCACAAAAAUCAUCGGGCUACAACACCAUUAAGAUGAGUUGUUAAUUUCGUUGCUUGUGGUUGAGGGUCCGCUUUACCAUCCGUUUGAAGACAGCUUGUGACAUCACAGAAGAAAGAUGUUUCUGCCUUGAAUUUAUUAAAUAAGCUAGUCCUAAUUAGUAAAAUGAAAAUAGUUUUCUUCACGUACUUGAAGAAACUUGCGUUCCUUUGUAAUUAAUACAGUAACAGAAAUUGUUCCUUUGUUGAUUACAUUUAAUUAACUUGUAACAAAAUGGCUAAUACUAUUAUAAAUUAGGUAAUUCAAAAACAUCACGAUAUAAAUAUGCAUUUCCAUUUAAAAAAAAAUUUAGAAGUGCUGUCUGGACCGAGUAAGGAUUAUUUUAGAUUGCUAUAUCAGAAGUGUAUAUUAACCUUUUGGCUAAAUAGACUAUCAGGAAAUCUGAAUAAUUUGAAUUCAGGGGAAUUAUUUGUGGAAAAUAUUAAACAUUACUACAGAUCAUAAAUAUUUUACUUCUGUUACAACUUACUGUUUUCUUGUUAGUAAUGUUUAAGUGGAGCUUUCAAGUGUUUUAUUUAUUUCAGGCACUGCCUCCCGAUUUAGUUUUGCUUAUCUUUAUUUUUUAGGCAAUUAGGAUUUAAUUUAAAUUUAUAUUUUCCUUUAAGGGGCUUUUACCAAAAAAAUACCAAAACAUGUUUUGGUUGUUGGUAUAUUCAGUAGUAUUCCCUGCAGGCAAUAUUAUUACACGUGGUUAAAUACAAAGAUUUUAUAGAUGCCCACCUGGUUGGAUUUUGAUCUGUUAAAAGGUAAACAAAAUUUAUUUCAGCUACUGAGUUUACCCAAUCAUUCCAAUUUCAGUUUGCUAUCUUAAAGAAAUACUCUUCCAGCAUUAGUUAUAACUUAGUAAUAUUUAACAAAACACUUAAGAUGUUACAAUCAAUUGUAUGAAUGCUUAGUUUAUCUCUGGUUUUUGUAAGUUAAUGUAUUUCUUGCAGUAUUAAAUGCAAGAUGCUAAAGCCUGAUAAAUCUUUCUCAUGUAGUUACAUCCUCAAAUGUAUGUAAUUGUAAUUAGUUUCCCAAGCCUGGUUUCAUUUUACUGAAUUAGUUACAAAUGUAGUUUAGUGGGUACAUUGUUGUGAAAAUCCUGAAGUUGUGUUCUAUCACUUACUGUUCCUCCACAGGCUGCACUGUGCAUGAAACCUCUCUUGCUUUCCAGUGGGAAAAGCAGAUGGUGUGGCAAGAACUUGCCCUUUUCUGCUUUUACACUGUCAUUAGAAACUCCAUAGAAAAUCUCUUUGUUCAAUCAGGUUAACUUUUUUUUUUGAAAUGGGGGUCUAAGCAAUAACUAUUGCUGUACAACAGAUCCAGCCCUGAAACUAAAAUUAACAGAUGUUAUAAUGUGCCUUUGUUAUGAUUAAUUGCUAGAUUUUUUAAAACUAGGCUUUCUUCUUGAAGUUUUGCAUGAUAUUUCAGUUUCUCCCUGCAUUACAUUUUUUUAUGAAGCAGUUGUGUCUUUUUUUCCCUGGUUAGCGGUCAGUGAGAAUUCGUCAAUGUGAUUAAUUGUUUGGGUAACUCGAUAAAUUCAUUGAAGAUCAAUGGUGUGUAUCCCUGGUGAAGAUUGCUAUUAUCCACUGAAUUGUGAGACAAGGUAAAAGAUCUUAGCGCAGAGAUGAUAAGACCUCCCCGUCAGGUUUAUUUGAAGUCAGCAGUGAACAGUCUUAUUUUUCUGCUCAAUGUAAAAUCUAGCCAAUAUUUCUUUACAUCACUUGGGCAAUGUUUAAAGUCUAUUCUUUAAAGAUUAAAUAUAGAAAGUAAUUAGUAGGGAAAAAAAUUGAACUAGAGAUAUUCUAGACACCUAAAUGGAGAAUAUUUUAUCCUUUGUACACUGCAGCGAAUUUCUAUCAGAGAGAAAAAAAAUUACAGGAUU